CACUGAUGUUAACUUAAAAAUGGCCAGGUAAACUUCAUCAAAAGACACCGCGCGGGCAUAUACCAGGUUCGACUCGGAGCAGCACGGGAAAAAAAAAAGAAAAUUCCGAACUUUGUACCCGCGCACAUUCCCAGUAAGCAGUAGCCGGCAAUAGCGUUCCGCUCUUUGACAGACCAGCUAGUAAAUGUUUCGUGGCUGACACCCGACACCUGACACCCAGUCCAGCAGCAACAGGUUCCAGGCCGACGAGUCAAUAUUUUGGGACCACUUUUAAUCUACCAUCGACCAGAAAUAAACCUUUUGGAAUCACUAUGGCAACCGUCGAAAAGGUGUCCACGGAGCGAAAGGCGAAUCCGGCCAAAUCUUUCAUCACUGGCGGCUUUGGUGGAAUCUGUAAUGUUCUUUCUGGGCACCCGUUAGAUACCAUAAAGGUACGUUUGCAGACAAUGCCGCGGCCGGCGCCGGGUGAGCAACCACUUUACAAAGGCACCUUUGACUGUGCUGCGAAAACCAUAAAGAACGAAGGUGUUCGCGGGCUCUACAAGGGCAUGUCAGCUCCGUUAACGGGUGUUGCACCUAUUUUUGCCAUGUGCUUUGCGGGCUAUGCGUUGGGAAAACGUUUACAGCAACGGGGGGAGGACGCCAGGCUCACCUACUCACAAAUUUUUGUCGCCGGUUCGUUUUCGGGCCUCUUCUCCACGCUGAUUAUGGCACCGGGAGAGAGAAUCAAAGUCCUGCUGCAAACGCAACAGGGGCAGGGUGGUCAGCGUAAAUAUAAUGGAAUGAUCGAUUGCGCUGCGAAGCUUUAUAAGGAAGGAGGACUGCGCAGUGUCUUCAAGGGCAGCUGCGCCACCAUGCUCAGGGAUCUACCCGCUAAUGGGCUAUAUUUUCUCAGCUACGAGAUACUGACCUCUGAGUACAAGCGACGCUAUGACAGACCCAACGUGGAUCUAUUUCCGGCCAUCUUAGCCGGUGGAAUGGCGGGCAUUUUCUAUUGGAUCGGGGGAAUGCCAGCCGAUGUGCUUAAGAGUCGAUUGCAGUCAGCUCCUGAGGGGACAUACAAGCAUGGGAUACGAAGCGUUUUCAUGGAUCUCAUGAAAAAUGACGGUCUACUGGCGCUGUACAGAGGAAUUACCCCGGUAAUGUUGCGCGCCUUUCCAGCGAAUGCGGCCACCUUCUUUGGUAUCGAGCUGGCCAAUGCCUUUUUUCGUAUUGUGGCCCCAGACUUUUAGAACAUUAGCUAAUGCUUUAGGUCAGCCAGUAUUAUAAAAUAUAUCAAUUUAUAUAGCGUUUUAAUAAAGUAUACAAAACAAAUGAAAAAAUUGAA